AUGCCAUCAAGCGAUGCCGAUCAAACAUCUACAAUUUCAUUCCUUAUUAGUAAUAAGAAAACACGUCUUCUUGUCAUUGAUGGUUAUAUUUAUCAGCAAAACAAAUCCACUGCGAAAGUCAGUUAUUGGUUAUGUGAGAUCGAAUUGUGUAAUGCUGGUGUUUACCUAAAUUCUGAUGAUCAAUUUCUUAAAUACGCAGAAAAUCCUCAUACCCAUAUACCGGUACCUGAACGAUUAGAGAUUUCUCAAGAUGUUGACAAAUUCAAUUUAUCUCCAUGUUCAUUUUAUAAUUCUAAUAUUCAUGAUAAUCAACAACACUCGUCAACUACUGAACAUGGAACUUAUAGUUGCAAUAAGCCGAAGAUUAUAAAGAAAUCAACUUCAACGUGUGCUCGUAAAUAUGUUUCCGCUUCGAAAAAACAACCAGAAACUUAA